AUGGCCGCUGCUCUGGCUAGUUCCUUCGUCUCCGCUGGAGAUCUGCGUCUUCCCUCGUUGCGCGGUAAGUUCUGUCUCUCUUUCUCGAUUUCUUCUGGUCAGUUUCCUGUGAAACAAGCUCCACGAGCCCGGUUCACGAUUUCACCUAGGUUUUUUUCCUCGUAGUGUUUGUACUGAUGGCGUUUUGCGAGUUUAAUUUUUCUCUUAUCUUGGAUUUCCUUGAUUCGGUGUGCAUCUAGUCCUCGUCUGACAACUUAUUUGCUCGUUCGAUGUGAUAUGGCAUGAGCAUAUUCGUUAUUACUUUCGGGUGGAUGAUUCUCCAUUUAUUUUGUCCGCAUUGUAGAUGUAAUAUCCCUAUCAUUUUCGUAUGCGAAAAAAAUCGAUGAUUUAUUGAAAUGAUGGCUAACUUGCCUAAAUUACGGUUGUGUAUAUUAUUUCUCACAACCUCGUGAUCUUGUAUUCUUGUUCGCUUGAGUACUGCCAUAUAUGUGCCACUUGACCCACAGAUCACUAUGCCGGAUGCCAAAGGAAAAGAUUGUUCAUGAACAUGUCGCAAUAUCUCCAAAAUAUAAUUGACUAUGUUUGAAUCAUUCAGCUUGUCUGUGUUCCAUGUCGAGGCACAUAACAAGGACUGAUGGAAAUGAUUAUUUUUCCCAUGUGUUUUCGAGGCAGGCUCUCUUGAAUUAACUCAGGUUCAUAAUUUUAGAUAGCCAAAUAGUGUCCCAAAAGAUGUGACUACAAAUAGCGUCAGAAAAUACGUACAUAUUAUCUUAUUACGUAUUGGGGGUAAAUGUGAGUGAUGAAAUAGCGAAAUACGUCACCCAUUACGUCCUUCAUAACAAGUUUCUCUCGAAUUAUUUGCCAAUGGGCGAACUUGGUUGGUAAUGAUUUAUCUUUCAUUGUCAGGCCAAAUAUUUCCUCAUUUCUCUUCCUGUAGCCUCCAUCCUAUUCUGGCAGGGGAUCACCUUUUGUUGCCUUCUUUCCAGAAGGAGCAUCAGAUAUCUUUAUCUUUAUAUACAUCGUGUGAAUGAAAGAUGAUAAACUGCCAGUUUGAACGAAAAUAACUUUUUUCCAGAGGGUAUCAGUUUUGAGAUGGAGGUUUGUGUGGAAUUUACUGUGUUCUUUCUGCUGGAAGUCCUCCGACUGGAGAAUCAGUCGUUUGGUUAUGAGCACUCCCUGAUAAUUGAGGUCCUCUUUCCAAGUCUAUUUUGAGUGUGUUGGACCAACGAUUCUGAAUUUCCUUUUUCGGAGGAAAAAUGUUUUAGUGUCAGAUAUUGGUCCACAACUAUUUGAAUGGAACAUAAGGUAAAUUAUAACAAGGUAAGGCAUAACUUGUGUGUGAGUCAAAUGUCUACUGCCUUGAGUUUGUUUUCAAAGAAACGUAUGACGUAUCCAGCAACUGAUAUCGUGAAUUUUCUAAAACACAGAUUGAGAAUUGUCGGUUUACCCUAACGUUCUAGUUCUAUCUCUUGGAACAUGAAAGUAAUUUCCUGAGAGGGUUUAGUUUGCUUCUUUCGAAAAAUAACUAAAUGACACUCUUAUUUUCAUAGAUGAGAUAUGAUGUUUUCUUUCACUAUCGAUUAGCAUUGGGUGAAUCAACACACCACCUCUAUCAUACAUAUGACAUUACACAACGCAAGAGUGCAUGGUCAACAAACAAACACCUACAGCGCCUACGUUCUGCUUGCAGCCAAUACGACCACAGCCUAACUUGCACGAUAUUCAUUUUUUUCUUGUUUUGAAUUGACGAAAAUUUGUGAUCUGCAUUCCAUUUCCGUUCCCCUGCAUUACCUAUGACCCAUAAUUCAACGUUUUGCCUGUACUUUAAGGAAGUUUAGUUGUGUGAAUCACUUAAGCUUUCAGUCGAUUGUUUUAAACGCAUUUCUUCAAUUCCUUGGACCAGAAUUGUAUUAAAUAAUUUUUCUCUAAAGGUACAUGGUAUCAUUUCAAUCUCUAAUAAAUACGCAUGUCCUUUCUGGAUAAAAUAUAGAAUUUAUUAUUUUAUGAUUGUCUAAAGUGUUUCGAUCUUUCAAAUUUAGGUUAUUCCACAAAGCAAUCAGAGCAGUGUCUGGUGCUUCUCAGUAAUGGAAAAUUAUCACUCAAGUCAGUGCCCCAGAGGAAAGUGAAAUUCACAGCCCGCAGGAACACUACUACAAUAGUUCAAGCUGGCUACAGGUACACUAUAGAAGCUGAACACUCACAACCUCACCCAGAAGGGUGGGGGAAUCAGAUUUGAUGAACCUAUUUUUAAUAAAGAGGCAUCAUCAUCAUCAUCAUCAUCAUCAUUUCUAAAACUCAUUCUGUGAUCACUUAGUCCAAAGUAUCUGGGUAUUAAAAUGUGUAACUGAGUUUAACGAGUCAUGUAUGCGCUGGCUCUCAGAUCAAAUCCCAUACUUUGCAUCUUUUAUUGUUGAUAUCAGUUUACAUCCAUGGGAUUGGGAGAACGCACCUUUGAAGGCCUGUGGUCUCUCCUUGUGAUUAUUUAGUUGGUGGUAAGAUCUACUGAGGUAUGCACCUCUUAUACGAGUGCAUCUAGGGGCCAUUACCAUCACUGGUAAACCUUAGUGUGAUUCUUCCAAGGCCUAAUGAAAGGAGCCUCUGUAUUCAAUACGAUGUAAUCUGAUCUUUUCUUUUAAUCAAAAGCAUCAUGAAGACAACAACAGCCAAUCUUGUACAGGACACAAUCCCAAACUGGUGCCCAGGCUUUUAGUGUGGAACGUCGCCUCUAUAUUUCUUACCUAAUUGUUCGUGUGCCGUUGACUUAUCAAGUGUUUUCUUAUACCCGUCUGCUGCUUUUGUUUCUUGAAUUUUUUAUGCAUCUCGAACAUCUUUUUUCUUCCUUAGUUUAGGAGACAUAACAGUUUGUUUGUGUAGUGAGUCCUGGCUUGAAUAUCAGGUGUAUGCGCUGACUUCCUAUCAAGUAUUGCAUCACUAUGUAGGAUUGGUCCUCAUUUAGGACAUUUUCAUUCUGUUAUAUUGAUUAACUUAUUAGUAUGGAAUUUGAUUAUUGCCGACGUUUUUAUUCCUUAGGAGAUGGUGAUAAUUGGUCUCUACACCAUAUUUUUCAUAAACGAGGAAUCUUAGUUGUGCCCUGUGUUCCAGUAUCCAUGAAAAGUCAACACUUCUUACACCCUGAAAGCACGUCCGAAUCUUUUCUAUUUGGACUUUAAGUGAUGUUCUCUCCUAGUAAUCGGUCGCGUUUCCCUCUGUUUGAAGAAGGGUUUUGAGGAGCAGUCUGAACUGAACACUUGAAAAAAAUUACCACGAUUGUUAUAUGAUGAUUGCUAUUUUUAUACACGCCUUCAUCUCUUAUAGUGAGUGACCUUUGGCAGACGAAAUCAUAUCAGUUUGAGGUAAAUAUUUGUGUGAACUCUUUGUUGGAUUUAGUCAACUCAUAUCAGUUCGAGGUCAAUAUUUAUGUGAACUCUUUGUUGGAUUUAGUCAACUCAUAUCAGUUCGAGGUCAAUAUUUAUGUGAACUCUUUGUUGGAUUUAGUCAACUUAUAUCAGUUUGAGGUAAAUAUUUCUUCGACCCUCCUUCAGGAGAAAUCCUGCAAUGUGGAGUGCAUUGACUUCCUUCGGUCUGUCGACUGGUCUUGACUUCUGCAUGCUGCCAUCGUAAAAUACUUGUCUUCAAUAAAAAAAUCGCAGUCAAGAUGCUGGAAGAUCGAGCAGUGGGAACAUCUUCGUGGGUGGCUUCAUCUUGGGUGGACUUAUCGUGGGUGCGCUUGGCUGCAUAUAUGCACCUCAGGUCAGCACAUCCAUCACACCGGGUCUCCUCUCUUUCCUUUUUUGGGAAAGUGGGGUUCCUCUUCAUCACUAUCUUGUCAGAGAACGGCUCAUCAGAUGGUCAGCGUUGGCCCUGCUCGUUAACAUUUCCCUUCUGGUCAAACCCUCUGCAGAUCAGCAGGGCACUAGCUGGUGCAGACCGGAAGAAUCUAAUGAAGAAACUGCCGAAAUUCAUCUACGAUGAAGAGAAGGCCCUGGAGGUAAAACUCUUAGCCGUCGGUUGACUUUUCUUCCGGUCAAAUAGUCAAAGAGACCCCGGCCCACUUGGUAUUCAUGAGGCCCAAUAUCGUUCAGGCCUGGGUCCGACGUGGCCUUUUGAUUGGGUUAAUUGAGUGUUUUACUCCGAUUGCCGCAGAAAACGCGGAAGAUCUUGGCGAAUAAGAUCGAGCAAUUGAACUCCGCCAUCGACGACGUGUCCUCCCAGCUCCGACCAGAGUUCAGCCCCAACGGUACCUCCGCGGCAUCGGACGGUGCGGAAUCCAUCGUCUGA